AUGACUCCUAAUCCCAUGUUCUUAUUAAAGGCGCACGCACAUCUGUCGCAAGGUCUCGCCACGAUGAGACGCCGGAAGUUCUUUUAACGCGCUUGUUUUAUGGUAUUUCUUUUUUUCAAAAAUUUUAUUUUUUUCUCAAGAAAACAAUAAAUAAAUUUUUUUCAGGUAAUUUCCAAAUGCUUUUUCCAACAAUGAUUAUGCGACUCUUGAUAAAUUUUUCUGGCAAUAAUUUCUUCAUUAGCAUUUGCGGAUGAAAUCAACACUGGUAAGUGUUUGUUCCAAUAUUUUUUUGAGCUUCUGAGUUUCAGACAGCGAGUUCAACCCCACAAAAUGCGAAAUCUGCUCAAUCGUUUCAGAUGAGCUUGAAAAUGCUUUAUCGCGUGUUUAUUCGGUAUUUAAAAAUCGUAUUAAAAUUUCAUUUGAAGCUUCAGAAAACUUCAUCUAAUUUUAUCGACGCAGUUGAUGGUUUCUGCAACGUAAUGAAUCAAUAUAAGGUUUUCAAAUUUUUAAUAUUUUAUCGUGUAAUUUUACGAAUGUUAAGAUUCACAAAGAAAAGAAAGGAGUUGAAAGGUUUUCCAAAGAGCAGUCAAAAACUUUGAAUACUAUCAAGGAACUGAAAGAAAGAGGAGUUCAGGUUUGUUAUUUCCAUGUAAUACCAUGCUUUUAUUUGGAGCGGUAAUUUGAAAUAUAUUAAGAAAAUAUCACUGCUAAAGUAGGGUGUGAAAAACGGGUGCAAAAAGGUAAUGACUGCAAAGUGGCCGCUAAAUGGGUUCAGUUUUGCAGCCUUUAUUGAGCCUUGGUAGGCUAAAAAGCCUCGAAAAAAGGUUGAAAAAAAAGUGAGGGGCUGCAAAAAGGGUAAAGUAAGAGUGAGGGUGCAAAAAGGGUUCUGAAAGUCUCGGACAUUGAUUAUUUCAGAUUCCAUUAAGUAGCAAAUUUCGGUUUAUACACAGUCACUGGUAAAGAUUAUUUUCGAUUUCAAACAUUUUCUGUUUCUCUGAAGGAUCAAAAAAAGGUAGAUGCAGGCCGGUGAAAGGACGGAAAAAGGCAGUUAAAUGAAAACCUUUUGUCUAUAACGAACGUUCAAAGGCUCCGUGAAAAUAAAAACUAUGGUUCUUCAAUUUUCUUAUUUUUCUGAGAGAGCAUAGGAUCUUACAAUUAGAAAUAAUUUUUUUAUCGGUAAUCCAGUCUUGAUGAUUAGAAAAAAACUGUCUGUCUUCAUUAGAAAUACUAUUAUUCAAAAAAAGUCAGACCGUUUUUUUACUAAAGUUCCUAACUUUCUCGUGUGUUUCAUUAUGAAAAUUAGGUCUUCGUUUUGUUGUAAAUAACGGAACCUUCAUAGUUAUGAGCUAUUCAUAUGACUUAUUACAGUUAGAAAAAUUCGCUUUAUUGAACUUGACAAUUUUUUUAUACUGAAAAAAAUUUUUUUGACAGGCCUUUGAGAGAUUCAAAAAGGAUUCUAGAGCGCCUAUCUUAUUUUUGAGGCAAUCUCGAAAAAUUCAGAAUUCAAACUGAAAUGAUUGCUUUUUGAUGAAAAAGAUUGUACAUUUUGAAAAAACGGCAAAUUUUCAAGGUUUGACACAAUAAAUUUGCUAUGGUUACUGAGCUUAAUAAAUCGCAAUAAGAAAUUUUUCCGGAUGAAAAAGGAUUUUCAUGUUUCAGUAGGUGUCUUCCAGCUAAUACAUCCUGAAUUCGGAUCUGAGAGGAAAGGUCAUUUUCCUUUUUGGUUAGAGAAAGCUUCUUGAUGUACCAAAGUAAAUUAUGAAAAUUCAACCCGCAAAACUUUUCAGUUUAUAGGGAAGGACACUUUAUUUCUUAAAAACUCGAAAUUUGUGCAGGUUAUGACUUUCAUAAUCUACUUGUAGCACAUCAAGGGGCUUUCAAAUUUCAGAGAAUUCCCAACCGCAACGUGAAAUGACUCCUCUCGUAAGUUACUCAUUCGAUAAGUUUAAAUAUAAAGUUUUUUCAUAGAUAAGAAAAAUAAUCCAUUAAUAUUUUUUUCGCAAGUUCUCGCAAAUCCCUGACUUGCUGACUAGUUCAUAGACUUCAUUGGAUCAUCCCCAAAGAGCCGCCGAAAUGGCCGAAGUUUUCACAACUCGCAACACCGGUACGGGCGAACGAUUAUAAUGAUGAGUAUAAUGGACUUCUCGCGCCUCUCAACCCAUGUUCGGUUGUUGCCAACUGAACUGGUUUGCAUCGCCGGAUCGGUUGGGGUUGUCCACGAUAUUCGUCGGCUUCCGCACCAACGGACAUGGGUUUCGAGUUUUUUCCCAUACUUUGCGUCUCAACAGACACCACUCAGUCGCAUCGCGCAACGGUCAAUUAUGGGCAGGCGGCUCUUCGAAACGUCGAAAUGGCGCAUUCACCGUUUUUGUUGUCCAGUUCAAAAAGUGGCGAAAGUAAUUGGCGUGCUGUUGAUGGAAUGAGAACGAUUUCGAUUUCUUUUACUUUACUAGAUUGCUUCGAUUUCUCAAAUUGAAGAUCUGGAAGAUUAUUUUCCGAAGCUGUUCCUUGCAUUGUCUUGAAGCUUGGAUAUGUACAGCAUCGAAAAAAAAACGGAAAAACAGAUUUUGGUCACAACUUUCUUGUAAGGAAUGCAAUCUUUGUGAAAGUUUCUGAAGCUGCGUUUUGUUUUUUGUGAUCUAUAAUUUUAUCAGAGAGUUUAAAAUAACAAUUUUCACAACCCCAGAAAAAUCAGAAAGAUUGGAUUUCUUACAAGAAAGUUGUGAUCGAAAUCCCAUUUUUUCGUAUUUUUACGAUGGUACUAUAUAUUCGGAAAAAAACCACACAAUUUGAAAAAUACCAGUAAACGCAUUUUUUCGAGGUACCUUCACUAAUGUUUAGGUUGGAAGCUUUAAAGUGCGUGACAAAAUUUCUGAUCAGCAAUUUUUUUUUUGAAAACCUCAAAAAAAGUUUGAAAGUUAUCCUUUUUAUUUUUCAAAAAAAUUGAUUUCAGGUAGAGCUCGGAAUGCCUUUCGAGAUGUUUGAACAACCAUCGGCUGAAGUUUGAACUGAAAUAUAUAAACAAAAUCAAAAACUUUCCUCGUUUAGAUCACUCAAAUAAAACAAGGCUGUGAGGGAAUGCUAGAACAGUAUGAGGACCAACUAGAGAAUUGGUUUCUUCGUUCUGGAAAAGACAUCAAAGUGAGUCCAUUCACCAUCUUCUUUGAUAAUUUUUUUCUUCCAGACAUUUUUAUGUCGACAAAGAGUCCUGCGAAACUCUGAUCAAUCAUGUCUUCAAGUUCCAACUGAAAAGGAGCUGUGAAAACUUUUUUGUACAUUUCAAUUUUUUUCACUUAUGAUCUCAGUGUUGGAGUGGGCUUUAAACUUUUUUUAAUGAUCUCAUUUAAUAAAUUUUCAUUAUUUUUUUCAAACUGAUGGAAUUUUUUUACUGAUAAACUGAACUACUUGACGACCUUUCAGGCUUCCACCAGCGCUGUCGCGCAGAUCGCUUUUGGGUCGGAAAAAAAGUUCAAAAAGAUUUUUUUAAAAAUUUUUUUCAGUCAUUUGAAAUCAAACUUGCUUGGAAAUAUGAAAUUGCAACUUUUCAGUUUCGCAAAAAUUGCUUCACGGAAAAACAGAUAAAGAGAACUUUUUGGUAAUAUUGAUUAGUUCAACUUUUCUUCAAAUGCUUCGAAAGAAUUGGCACCUUCUCUUUUUUUAUUUUCUCCAAAAAUUGCGGAAAGUUGAGGAAUCAAAAGUUUGAUGUCAGUAAUAUUUUUAUGUCAGGCCAGUUGUCAGCAGCAACAGAGUAAUCUUAACAGUAGAGCCGGUCUCACUAAAUCCUUCAGAUAGAGUAGGAUGCCUCGACCCAAAAAAUCAUGUACACGGUCCCUCAGUUCUCGGACGACCCUCAAGAAGUCGAGGAAUUCGAGACGGUUUUCGAGACCUCCGUGCCAUAGCUGAUAUGCAAAAUACAAAACUAAUGUGGGAGUGGAGAGCGCAAAUAUUUGAGUGGAUGCUGGAAAAGCCGAGUGAGCGGCCCCGGCCACGCGUGUUCUUUGGAGAACGGCCUGGAGCGAAGCCCAGCAUGAAGAUGUUUUGGCGGUUCAUGCUCGUGUUUGCGCACCUUCGACGGCGAUUAUUAUGUCACGACGCUUUCCGCUUGUGUGUUGGUAUUACACCUUAG